AUGGUGAAGAGCUUGAAAGAUGGAGAGCAUAAGGGUGUGUUUGAAUUCCUUGAUGGACGGAAAUUGGAUAUUGAAGUAGACCCAGAAUACGCAGAUGUGAUAAAACACGUGAGAUAUGAGGAUGAGAAGGAGAAGGAAGAGGAAGAAUGGCUGGCCGAGUAUGAUAAGAAACUUAGGGAGAAGCGAAAGGCACAAGCAGCUGCCAAAUUGGCUGAAGAGAAAGUUUGA